CCCACACUUCCUCUCCAGAACCAUGUCCUCCAACGAAUAUCUGACAUCUCUUUUCUCGCUCCAAGGGCGCUCCGCCCUGGUCACGGGAGGCACGCGCGGGAUCGGCCAGACGAUGGCGCUCGCGCUCGCCAAGGCCGGCGCCGAUCUGAUUCUGGUCCAGCGCACGCUCGAUAACCAGCAGACGGCCGAGCAGGCGCGCGCCCUGGGCCGCAAUGUCACCGUCGUGCAGUGUGAUCUCGCCGUGAAGGAGCAGUUGGAGGGCUCGUGGAGAAGGUCGAGGGGAUGGGUUUGAGCAUCGACAUCCUCGUCAACUGCGGUGGAAUCCAGCGGCGAGCGCCUGCGGAGACGUUCUCUGACGAUUACUGGAACGAGGUACUGCAAGUGAACUUGCAAGCGGUGUGGACUCUUUCGAGAGAUUGCGGAAGACACAUGUUGGCGAAACGCGGUGUGGGCUUCACAGGACGGCGUGGCAAGAUAAUCAACGUGGCCAGUUUGCUGUCAUAUCAAGGUGGUCUGACUGUGCCUGCGUACGCUGCUUCGAAACACGGGGUGUUAGGUUUGAUCAAGGCGCUCUCGAAUGAGUGGAGCUCGAAGGGAGUCAACGUGAACGGCAUUUCUCCGGGAUAUAUCGCCACCGAGAUGAACACCGCGUUGAUUGCUGACCCGACGCAGUCGCGUCAGAUCAUGGAGCGCAUUCCCAUUGCGCGGUGGGGCGCGCCAGAGGACUUUGAGGGCGCGGUCGUGUUUUUGGCGAGUCGCGCGUCCGAUUACGUGUGCGGUGAGAGUCUUGUGGUCGACGGUGGCUGGAUGGGGCGGUAGAAGUAUUAAUGAAUGCAUAAAAGUCGAAGACACAAAUGCUAUCGGGGGCCCAGGUUAGCUAGUU